GUUGCAUAAAAACUGCCCUGGAGUUGGAUGUCAUUCGGUAUGCGGUUAAGGCCAGUUCUGCCGCCCAUCGUCACCUCAUGCGCAAUGUGAAACCGGGCAUGUACCAGUUUCAGGCUGAGAGUCUCUUUCUCAACUACUGCUACUUCCAUGUACUGGAGUUCGCAACUAUUAUUGACUAUUUGGAGGGUUUGGCAGAUUUGGAUAAUUCAGUUGACCGAAUUGUGAACAAUUAUUGGCCUCGGUGGGAUUCCAACCCACACAGCAGGGAAGGCUCUGCCAACGCUCUGCCAUUGAGCUACGAAGUUCCCAUCGAGGUCACAAAUUUGUUGCAAUUGGAUCAGAAAUGUAAGCUACCGUCUCUGAUGAUGAAUCCGCGACGGAUGUGGAAACGUUAG